AUGCUUGGACAAUACCAGGUGGACAUAGCCGCAUUGAGUGAGACCAGACUUGCAGAUGAAACUCAACUGGAAGAGAUCGGUGGUGGCUACACCUUCUACUGCAUUGGGAAACCUGAAAACGCCCCAAGACACUCAGGCGUGGGAUUUGCCAUACGCACUCAGCUCGCAAGGCGACUAGUCAGCUUGCCACAGGGCAUCAGCGAUCGCCUCAUGACCCUAAGGCUGAAACUCCAGAAAGACUGCAACGCAACAAUUGUCAGCGCCUACGCCCCUACAAUGACAAACCCAGAUGAAGUGAAGGUAGACUUCUACGAAGAGCUCAACCAGCUACUCUCCAGUGUUGACCGCAGAGACAAAUUCAUCAUUCUUGGAGGCUUUAACGCACGAGUUGGAGUAGACUACACCAUCUUGCCAAACAUCCUGGAUCGCCAUGGAACUGGCAAGUGCAACUCCAAUAGCCUGAUGCUACUAUCCCUGUGCGCACAGCACGAGCUAACCAUCACUAACACUCUCUUUCAACAAGCUGACAAGCUGAAGAACACAUGGAUACACCCUCGCUCCAAACAGUGGCACAUGUUGGACUACGUAAUCGUCCGCCAGAGGGACCGCAGAAGCGUGCACAUCACACGCUGCAUGCGCGGUGCCGACUAUUGGUCUGAUCACCACCUGCUACGGAGCAAGAUGAACAUCCAGCUCGCCAGAAAUAACAAAUCAGCAAGAGAGAAGCCACUUAGGAAGUUGAAUGUAGCUCGCAUUCCACCCAACAAAGAAGAGCUGCAAGAGAAGCUAGAGGUAGCCCUGGGAAACAUUAACAUCACGGGCGAGGAUAUAGAGGAAGACUGGAGCACUUUCAAAGAAGCCGUCUACAACUCUGCAGCGAGUAUCCUUGGAUACGUGGAAUAA